UUGGUAAGAAUUCUCAUCCAGGUCUUUUGAUCGUGACACAGCUAAAGUCCAACUUAGAAGACAUUAAGCAGGCGGUUCAUUUUGCAUACUUGACAAGACCAUGAGCGCAAAAAGAGAAGAUGUUGAAGAUAUCCUCAUCAUCUCGCUGUAAAGUGCGUUUGAUACUGCUAGAUCAGCUGAAUCAUAUAGACGCAAAUAGCACAAAGAACUCCAGGCUAGAUCCGUCAUGCAUCCCAAUGCCCCCCCCCCUCUUAACCCCGGUGCUCCGCCGCCUACCCAGGUACUCAGACAUGUGUAUCCUGCCCAACCGUGGUUCAUCAUGCUCGUUAGAAAUCAUAGUUGCUAGUCACAAAUAUCAUACUCGCAGCUCAACCGCAAUCUUGUCAUCCUUAGUCACGACUUCCUCCUCUCCCCCUUUACGUCUCCGGCCCAGCUCACUCUCGGCAAUGGACCGAAUCAACUGUAUCGCCAGUUCGGUACCUCUGGAGACGGACGCCUCGGAUGCGUCGGACGGUACGUGGAGGAACGUCACCUUGCGGUGCUUCUGCGCUUUCCACAGAUGCGCCAAGCUGGAGAAGUAGAUGAAGUCGCAGAGGUAGUGUCCAGCGUCUUCGGAUAUACGAAGGUCGGAUCCCUCCUGCGCAAAAAAAAACUUACCGGACUGUGAUCCUUCCACCGCUCUAGCACAUCAGCCAAAUCAAACCCCG